AUGGAGAUUCGCCAUGGUCGUCGUAUCGACGGGACGGUGACCGAUUCCGCGCUCAAGUCUGAACCCCCUGCAAUCGGCGUUAACAUUAUCACCGAUGCGACUGUCCGACUGGACACCGAGACACCAAGUCAAAAUACACCGACCAUUGCAGCCGACGCCGCAACAUCGUCACCGAGUAUAAAGAGCCUUGCCGGAAGAGAGGAAGCUUCACAUGAAGAAAAUGGAGUGAAAAGAGAGGCAGAAGGAACACAAGCUGCAGUAGAGGGACCGCCUGAGCAACAUGUGCCAGCGCGUAGCAAGAUCACCAUCGCGCUGAUCAUGUUCUCACUCUGUGUAGCGGUGUUGUUGGUUGCCUUGGACAUCACCAUCAUUACCACUGCGCUGCCAACCAUCGCCACCGAGCUCAACAGCGCAUCAGGAUACACCUGGGUCGGCUCUGCCUACCUCAUUGCCCAGUCGGCUGCGACGCCCAUAUGGGGCAAGGUGUCAGACAUAUUCGGGCGAAAACCCAUCUUGCUCGUCACCAAUGCCAUCUUCUUCGUCGGCUCGCUGAUUGCUGGUGUCGCGGUGAACAUGGACAUGCUGAUCGUGGCGCGAGUGAUUCAGGGUAUAGGGGGCGGAGGUCUCGCUACGCUGGUGAAUAUUGCCAUCUCUGAUCUCUUCUCCGUACGCGAUCGAGGAGCCUACUAUGGCAUGGUGGGUGGCAUAUGGGCCGUGGCUUCGUCUCUCGGUCCCGUCGUGGGCGGUCUACUCACCCAGAGGGUGUCGUGGCGGUGGUGUUUUUACAUCAAUCUACCUUUUGAUGGCGUCGCCUUUCUCAUCAUCGUCUUCUUCCUGGAUGUCAAGACACCCAAGACGCCACUACGACAGGGACUCAAGGCUGUGGACUGGCUUGGCUCACUGGCCAUGGUUGGCGGCGUCAUCAUGUUCCUGCUAGGUCUGGAGUUUGGAGGUGUUUCCUACCCAUGGGACUCUGCCGUGGUACUCUGUCUGAUCAUCUUUGGAGUGGUCGUCAUUGGCAUCUUCUUCUUGAUCGAAUGGCGGGUUGCCCCUUACCCACUGAUGCCUCUCGACCUCUUCUCCAAAAGGUCGAACCUCGCCGCUCUCGCAACCUGCUUCAUCCAUGGGUUUGUCUCCAUCGCCGCCAGCUACUUUCUACCGCUUUACUUCCAGGCUGUGCUCGGCGCGUCGCCAAUCAUGUCUGGUGUCUACUUGCUUCCACAAGCGCUCGCGCUAUCCGCGCUAUCCGCCUUCACCGGUGUCUUUAUCAAGAAGACCGGGCAAUACCUCCCGCUGAUAUGGUCCGGCAUGGUCGUCAUGACACUUGGAUUUGGCCUCCUUAUCGAUUAUGAUGUUAACCUAUCAUGGCCCAAAAUCAUCCUGUACCAGAUCAUUGUCGGUAUAGGAGUCGGCCCAAACUUUCAAAGCCCGCUCAUCGCCUUGCAAUCACUCGUUUCCAUACACCAACAUUUUUUCUCCUUAGAAACGCGACAUCGCGACUGCUACCUCGACCUUUGGCUUCACGCGCAACCUCGGCUCCGCCAUCUCCGUCGUCGUCGGCUCCGUCGUCUUCAACAACCAAAUGGCCUCCAAGCAAGCCGAGCUCGCCGCGAGUCUAGGUCCCGACACAGCCUCGUCCUUUCCGGCGCCAGCGUGGGCCUCAUCCGAGCCCUGCCCGCUGCCCAAAAAGCGGUGGCGCGCAAAGCGUUUGCAGACUCGCUCAGCACCAUGUGGAUCAUGUACGUCUGCUUUUCCUUUCUGGGCCUGCUCGUCUCGCUCGCCAUUACGCGGAAUCGGCUCGAGAAGACGCAUGAGGAGGCGCAGACGGGCCUUGAGGCCGAGAAGGCGAAGAAGUUGGAGCGGGAUGCCGAGAGGGCGGAACGGAGGAGGAAGAGGGCGAGUAAGGCUGGCUUGCAGGCUGAUUCUGGACAGCCGGGUGGUGGUCCUGUCGAGCGGGAGGGGAAUGAGAGUUAG